UGUUGUAAAACAAGAUGGGAUGGGAUGGCAGGAAAGCGAUCUGGAUUAUAUCUUUAAUCCCAGGAGGAGAAAUGAAUGGUUAUAAAUGUCAAAAGAUCACAUGUAGUAUUAAUAAUAAUUAGGAGAUUGUAUGCAUGAGAAAUAGUCUCACCCACCUCGGCCGGUCCUUUGCCCCAAGCCCCCGUCCUGGCCCCGGCACCCAGCCCCCCAAGCCCCUUCUGUGAAGGGCCACAGAAGCCCCCUGUCCACCCCCACCCCAAUUGGGGGCAGGAAUCCAGAUUGAAGCAGCUGGCUUCUCCCCCAGGAGGGCAGCCAAUUCCAACUGCCGGGGGGGGGGUCUGAGUUGGGGUCUCUUUCAGAUGGAUGGGGUCCCUUUGCAGGGCCCUAGAGGUUAUCUGUCUGUAAUCAUCCAAGUGGAGGUGAGAUUCUUGGCUGCUCCUCUCUGAGCUGGCUGGUUUUCUUGCCAACCUUUGAUGAUCCAACUAAGGACCAUCAUCAGUGACGAGUGAGGGUGGGGUUUGCUCCCCAUUUACAUACAUUGUCCCACCAGUGUUUUUUUUUGGGGGGGGGUGUUUCCUACUUCUAACGGCUUGGGUGGCCGAGGGCUGAUCUCCAUGUGGUCCACCUUCCAAGAUAGCCCCCUCCCCCCAAAUACCUUUGUGUUUUGAGGAGGGGCUACUCCAGACUCCACCAAGGCGGGCUUGGUGAGGGAGUAGAGAUGAAGGGGGCUGGACUAGAAGACCUCCAAGGUCCCUUCCAGCUCUAUUCUACUCUGAUUCUGAAGGGGGAAAGUGGAAGCCCCCUCCUCUUUGACCAAGGACAAUCUCUGCCCCCCAUUUUUGUGGCUUUUCAGCCUUAAUAAAUAGUGUUGACCCUCCCCAGGUGGGCGACAAGAGCCAAAUUGAGCCAUAGCAGCCAAUCCUCGACUUACGACCAAAUUGCCAAUGUCUUGCUAAGCAAGACAUUCGCUGAGUGAGUUUUGCCCGUUUGACCACCUCGCUUGCCACUCUUGCGAAGCAAAUCCCCACGGCUGCGAGGGGGAACAGACGGCCGCUAAGUGAAUCUGGAUCGUCACAAGGUCUCAAAAGAGGGUGAUGUGACCUCAGGGACAUAAAUAGGAGCCCAUUGCCCGAGUGGCUGGAUUAGUAACGGGAGGUUAUUAAGCGAAUCUGGCUUUCUCCUUGUCUGAUGCUGUGACCGUCAUAAAUACGGGUCAACUGCGGAAUAGCCAAAUUUGGAUCACGUGACCCGGGAGAAGGCUGCUGCAGAGAAACCAUCCCGUGUGGCUUUUGUCUGUUACUAAACAAAGUGUUGUAAGUCGAGGACCAGCCCUGCUCUUCCUCCACCCUCCCUCCGCCACCACCCGGGACGGAAGGGAAGAAGCGGUGGGGGGGGGGAAGCUCAGGGAGAGGGGCGCAAUCCGUCCCCGGGAACACCCCCCUCCCCCGCGCAUCUUCCCGGCGCAACUCCGGAUCGCGAGGCGGGAUCCGCGCCGGGCUUUGCAGAUCGCCGCGGCCGCUCCCGCAGGGCCAAGUCGGGGCAUGUCGGCGGGGCGGGAGAGGCGGGCAGGCCGGGGGGAGCCUCGCCGCGCUCCCGUCGGCGGAGCAUGGCGGAGGGCUGGCGCCGGGGGGGACCCCCGUCCCGGGUCGCCCCGCCGGCUGCUCCCCGCCGGGCGGUCAGCGUCUGCGACUCCCUGGACUUGCAGGAGGUCCCGGCCGUCCAGGCGGCCCUGAAAGCGGCGGAGAAGCAGAAGCGGCGGCCCAAGAGCUUCUGCGCUCUGGGCAACGGGCUCAGCCCCGCCGGAGCCCCGCCGUCUUCUCCUUCCGCGGAGACCCCGGGCCGGCCCCGCUUCGGCUGGUUGGAGCUGCUCCGCUUGCGCUCGCCUCGGCGGCCCGACGGAGCGGACUCGGAGGCGGGGAAAGGCCCGGCGGCUUCCCCGGGCGGCGAAGAGGGAGGCUUCCUGCGCGGGGGCUCGCUGUGGGGCAGCCGGCGGCGGUGGAAGCUCUUCGACGGGGCAGCCCCGCGGCGGCUGAGCAACUUGCGGAAAAGUUUCAGCUUCCGUCUGCGCCGCGGGGAAAGCGGACUCCAGCGGGCCGGCUCCGGGUUCUUGCGGCCCGCCCGGCUCCGGAGCCGCAGCGAGGGCGACGCCGCUUCCUUGUACCCCUGUCCCAGCAAGAGGGACCUGCUCGGCUCGGAAAGAGGAGGAGGAGGAGGAGGAGGGUUCUGGAAACAGCUGGGCAGCCGCCUCCGACGCCGGGAGCGCUUAGCCGGCCGGCCCUUGGCCGCGGUCCUGGAGCCCCGCGGGGGGCCGGCUCUGCUUUGGAGCCGAAGGGGAGGCGAACCCAUCUUGGUGGCGCAUCGACGGCCGGACUCCUUUGUGAACAGCCAGGAGUGGACUCUCAGCCGCUCAGUGCCGGAGCUUAAAGUGGGGAUUGUGGGUAACCUGUCCAGCGGGAAGUCGGCCCUGGUGCAUCGCUACCUCACGGGGACCUACGUGCAGGAGGAGUCCCCGGAAGGCGGUCGAUUCAAGAAGGAGAUCGUGGUGGACGGGCAGAGUUACCUCUUGCUGAUUCGCGAUGAAGGGGGACCCCCCGAGCUGCAAUUUGCCGCCUGGGUGGACGCGGUGGUCUUCGUCUUCAGCUUGGAGGACGAGAUCAGCUUCCAAACGGUCUACAACUACUACCUGCGCCUCUGCAGCUACCGGAACACUUCGGAGGUGCCGAUGGUGCUGGUGGGCACACAAGAUGCCAUCAGCGCCACCAACCCCCGGGUGAUCGACGACUCCCGGGCCAGGAAGCUCUCCAACGACCUGAAGCGUUGCACCUACUACGAGACGUGCGCCACCUACGGGCUGAACGUGGAACGCGUCUUCCAGGACGUGGCACAGAAGGUGGUGGCCUUGCGGAAGAAGCAGCAGCUGUCCAUCGGGCCCUGCAAGUCGCUGCCCAAUUCGCCCAGCCACUCCUCCGUCUCGGCCGCCUCCGUGCCAGCCGUCCACAUCAACCAGGCUGCCAACGGGGGUGGGGCCUUCAGCGACUACUCGUCCUCUGUGCCCUCCACGCCCAGCAUCAGCCAGCGGGAGCUGCGGAUCGAGACCAUCGCGGCCUCCAACACCCCCACCCCCAUCCGCAAGCAGUCCAAGCGCCGCUCCAACAUCUUCACAUCUCGGAAAGGUCCCGAUAUCGAGCGGAAGCCCCCAGAGAGUAAGGCGGACACGAUUGGCAGCGGGCGGGCCAUUCCCAUUAAGCAGGGAGUGCUCCUGAAACGCAGCGGGAAGUCCCUGAACAAGGAGUGGAAGAAGAAGUACGUCACCCUCUGUGACAACGGAGUCCUCACCUACCACCCCAGCCUCCACGACUACAUGCAGAACGUCCACGGGAAGGAGAUCGAUUUGCUGAGGACGACAGUAAAAGUGCCCGGCAAGAGGCUCCCCCGGGCAGCCACCACCGCCGUCCCCGCUGCCUCGGCCCCCAGUGCCAGCCCCAAGACCAACGGCUUGGCCAAGGAGAGGAGUGCCCUGCCCUUCCCCGGCGGAUCCAGCGCCCCCCAUUCGGCCAGCAGCACCUCCCUGCACUCGGAGCGCUCGGGCAGCGGCACCAACCUGGGCGCCUUCAGCCUGAAGCCGGAAGGCAGCGGCAUUCACCAGCGGUCCUACUCGGUCUCCAGUGCUGACCAGUGGAGCGAAGCGGUGGCGAUGCCCGGGGCCACGGCCAGCGUGGCCAACGGUGCCAGCGACUCCCUCACUUCCAGCCCCAACGUCUCCAGCACUGCAAGCCCCAAGUUGGAGCCGCCGCCCUCCCCUCAUGCCAACCGGAAGAAGCACCGUCGGAAAAAGAGCACGGGUACGGGCCGACCCGACGGGGCGGGCAGCGUGGCUGAAGACCAAGAGGAGAGCUUCGAGUUCAUCGUGGUCUCCCUGACUGGACAGUCGUGGCUCUUUGAGGCCUCCACGGCCGAGGAACGGGAGCUGUGGGUGCAAGCCAUCGAGAGCCAGAUCCUGGCCAGCCUGCAGGGCUGCGAGAGCAGCAAGCACAAGUCGCGGCUGGGCAGCCACAGCGACGCGGUCGCCCUCCAGUCCAUCCGCACCGUCCGGGGCAACGGCUUCUGCGUAGACUGCGACGCGGCCAAUCCUGACUGGGCCAGCCUGAACCUGGGGGCUCUCAUUUGCAUCGAGUGCUCCGGCAUCCACCGCCACCUGGGCACGCACCUCUCACGCGUCCGCUCCCUGGACCUGGACGACUGGCCGCUGGAGCUGGUGACGGUCAUGACGGCCAUCGGGAACGCCCUGGCCAACUCGGUCUGGGAAGGCGCCACCAAGAGCUACUCCAAGCCGGGCCCGGAGAGCUGCAGGGAAGAGAAGGAGCGCUGGAUCCGGGCCAAGUACGAGCAGAAGCUCUUCCUGGCCCCCCUGCCCCACUCGGACGUCCCCCUCGGGCAGCAGCUGCUGCGGGCGGUGGUAGAGGACGACCUGCGGACGGUGGUGCUGCUCUUGGCCCACGGCUCCAAGGAGGAGGUGAACGAGACCUACGGCGACGGGGACGGCCGGACGGCACUGCACCUGUCCUGCGCCAUGGCCAACGUGGUCUUCACCCAGCUGCUCAUCUGGUACGGCGUGGACGUGAAGAGCCGGGACGCCCGUGGCCUGACACCCCUUGGCUACGCGCGCCGUGCCGGCAGCCAGGAGUGCGUGGAGAUGCUGCUGCAGCACGGCUGCCCCGGCGAAGCCCCCGUGGGCAGCCUGACCCCGAGCCUGCCUCGCCGGAACCUCAACAACAACGCCUCCGGCACUCCGCACUCCGAACUGGGCUGCCCUGUGCGGGGCCCAAGUCCCUGAGAGGCCCCCUACCCACGGCUCUCGGCAGGCAGAGCCCAGCGGUCCUGCCCCCCCACCCCCCCACCUUUCUUUGCGGGCCCAGAGGGACUAGAGUUUCUUGGAUGGGGUCCUCUCCCCCCAGCCCAAGAGAAAGGGCAAGUGGACUCCACUGGGGGCGCUGAGGAGCCCCCUUGUCUCCCCCCCAUUCCUCCUCCCAGCCCCACUCCAGGGGUCAGUCCCCCCUCCCCCUUGCUUCUCCCAGGACCUGCUGCAGUUCCUCAGCCUGAUGUGGGGAUUCGGGGAGGGGGAGAGGAGGGGGCGGUUUCAAUGCUGGCGGAGCUCCCCCAGCGACCCCCCCCCCUCCGUUUCAAGUCACUUGUGUAUAAAGUGUACAUUGGAAAUAUUUAUAUGACAGUCUGUAAAUAAGGUUUGCUGCCCUGUUCUGUGUGUGUGUGUGUGUGUGUCUCUGCGUGGAAGUGUGAGAGAAUGUUCCCCUCCCCCACCCCCACCCCCCCAGCAGAGAAGCUGCAGAAUAAAGGAAGAGCUUCACUCGGAACCCA